AUGAAGGAGAUUAGCAGAAAGAUUGUUGUGGAAAAGUUCAACCGAUCUGAUAUCGGAUUUUCAAAUAUUCAAAUCGAGCAAUUGAACCCAGUUGUUGAUGAACGUGCCCUUAUUUUGUUAUCAGUUAAUUCAGACUGUUGGACCGACUUCGAGCUAUGGGAGAUUCACCGGAAGACCAUCAUGGCUCAGUUCAAGCGCGCUGAUUUCAACGAAUUUAUCGAGAGGACCGUGUGGCAGAAGGUCGAGGACGGGCUAUUCCCCGUCCUCGACCAUUUCUGCGGGAAAAAAGAGGGUUUGGAUUUGCAGGAUGUUUUCCAGCGGUUGGCUUUUGACAACAUAUGCAAAUUCGUGCUUGGGAGCGACCCUUGCUCUCUACGGGUGGAUUUGAGGGUUUUACCUUGCGAGAAGGCGUUUAGUACGCUGGCGGAGCCGCUGCUGAGGCGGCAUAUACUGCCGGAGUGGAUGUGGAAGGUGCAGAGGUGGCUCAACGUGGGCGACGAGAGGAUCAUUGCUGAGGCUGCUGCGGCGUUUGAUGACUUCAUCUACCCGCGUGCUGUUGUCGGUGGCGGUGGCGGUGAUGCGAAUGUGCUGAGAGCGUUUGAGAAGAUGUAUAAUGAGAGGAAAUCGGUUGCGGUUAGUACUGCUAGUCUUGGAGAGUUUCUCAAGGAUUCUUCUCUGAGUUUGAUGUUUGCCGGGAGGGACACGACCAGCACGUGCCUCACGUGGCUCUUCUGGCUCGUCGCGCAAGACCCAGUGUCGGAGAGGAAGAUUCUAGAAGAAUUAGAAGCAGAGCUCGGUCUCAAUAAAAAAUGGAGAUCCUUCACUGCGGAAGAGUCGCACGAGCUAGUGUACCUACACGGAGCUCUAUGCGAGUCGUUGAGGCUAUUCCCUCCGGCUGCACUGGAGCAUAAAGCUCCAAUGCAACCAGACAUCCUCCCGAGUGGGCAUCACCUGGCUCGCAACGGGAAGCUGAUCUUAUCAUUCUACUCAGUGGGAAGAAUGGAGAGCGUGUGGGGUAAAGACUGCCUCGAAUUCAAGCCGGAGAGAUGGAUCUCUCCGAGCGGGAAGAUCAAACACGAGUCGUCGUAUAAGUUUCCGGCGUUUAAUGCGGGGCCGAGGGCGUGCUUGGGGAAGGACAUGGCGUUCAUACAGAUGAAGAUGGUGGCGGCGGCGAUAUUGUACGGAUACAAGGUGAAAGUGGUGGAGGGGCAAAGGGUUUCGCCUCGGGAUUCGAUCAUUUUACAUGCUAAGGAAGGAUUGAAGGUGUUGUUGUGUAAGAGAAAUUGA